UCUUCAUUCUAUCUGCGGUGGCUCAAUCAUCAGUGAUCGUGUCAUAAUAACAGCCGCACACUGCUUAUACAUAAAACAUAUGGAGAAAAGACUGGAUGCAAAGGAUGUUUUAGUUUAUCUCGGAUCCGACAUAUUAUCACAAGGUGUAAAAUACAACGUGUGCAAAAUUGUCACACACGAGCGGUAUCGAGGUGAUGAUGAAGUACACUUUUAUUUUUAUGAUAUCGGAUUGCUUUUGUUGUCACGUAACAUACGAUUUGGACCUACAGUCAGAAAAGUGGAAAUAGCACCAAAUAGUUAUUUUAGAAACGCAAAAUACAGUUUCACUUUAGCUGGAUUUGGAGCUGUUACGAAUGUUUAUCCAGUCAGUCCGUCCAUGAAACUCAAAGCAACUCGAAUGUACUACGUGAGAACAAAAUUAUGUAAUGAAAGUCAGUCCUUUAGAGAGGUUAUGGAGGUACCGAAACACAUGUUUUGCUUGAUCGGACAAGGAUGGACCAGCGAUUGCUUUGGUGACUCGGGCUCCGGAAUUAUUUGGAAGAGGUACUUGGUAGGAGUAGUAUCGACAGGGCGAGAUAUCUUCUGCGGUUCGGACACACUCCCCUCAAUGUACACUGACGUCGUGUAUUUUAGGAAAUGGGUCAAAGCGAAGACUAUCGAACUCGAGUCUAUACCUGUGAAACAAUGUCCUAGUGAACAAAAAGAAAUAAUUUAUGAGUCAGAAUUGUUUACAAUAUCGUGGAAAUCCGUAGAGGAAAUUGAUGUUAGCCUCUACAUAGAAGGAUUUCCUGUAAGCCUUUAG